AUGCCUGUUGACAGCUCCCACAGGGUCACUUUGAGCGAUGUUGUUCAGUAUCUGCAGUACUACUUCAGAAUGUUUUCCUUGUCAAGCAGUGCCCCAGCAAGAUUUAACCUUUGCAUAUUUUUGGGAGGUGGCUGUCUGGCAGUGGAACUACGUGGACACGUCGUUGUACAUGGUGCUGUUUACGAGGUGGUGCGCUACACAAUGCUGCUGCUCGACGGCGCCAUUUCGAAGCAGGAACAGCUUACUGAAGGCAAACUAUCAAAUCUAAAAGUGUUCGAUGAGAAGCAGCUUGAAAUUGUGGAAGAAGGCUUGGCAAAAAGGCUUAGACCGCUCACAUUCAGUCACGUUGUUUGCUUUGGCCGUGCAGAUGGCGCUCCUAUAUAG